GUCUUAAUACUUUACUUGGGCGAAGUUGGGCACCAACGAUGAAGUUAGGGUUUCCUACCCUACCUUCUAUACGGGUAGAUAAUUUUGUCAACCAUCAUUUAUUAGAUUUUUUUUUUGAAACUCCUCAAAUAACAAAUCUGUAGUUUUUAUAUUUCCGUACAUAUAUUAAAGACGUGAUUGGUCGGUCGGCGCAAUCUACCUUAAAAGUUUAGAGCUCAAUAAUUAUAAUAUAAUAAUUCCGCAGCAAAAGUACUCCAUACUAGAAAUUAUUAUACUUUAGCGCCACCUGUCUAAUUGAAUUUGUAACUGCUUCGCAUAGACUCCCUCCUAAAUGUCCUUCGUACAACAAAUGCACGUAGCAGUAUCAGUAAUGAAUAAGAGAUGGCGCUAGAGCUACUUCCAACGACUAUAAUUUCCUUCGCUUGUAAAUGUCACUGUUAGGUCUAAUAUUAAGGAAAAGAAAAAAAACAGGGUCGACUGACUACGUUUACUUUGCACAAACUUGGCAGUACGAAUGCAUACAAAUCCCUAUAUGAUCCGUACUAUACGUAGCACUUGGCAUGAAACCGUAACGUACUCGUGAACCUUCGUAAUUAUAUCAUUUUGCUGUUGAAAAUCGAACACAUAAUGGGAAUUCGAAAACGCAAAUUUACUUGAAUUAUUUCAGGAUUUUUUUCAAGCGCAGCUACGCUAUGCUCUUAUUGAAUUGUGGCCACAUUGUGGCUAUGGUCAUAGAGAAAUAAGAAGUAACGUGUUUACUACUUAUUAAGCUAUGACUAUGGUUUACUCUAUUCCGUUAUGAGGAUCAUAAUCAUUGUCUAUUCAUCAUUAUUCUAAAUUCAAAGAAACCCAAAAAAAAUCAAUCACAUGAAAGAAAAUUUGACAGAAAGUCGCACGUCUUUUGUAACUAAGUCUCAAAGUCAAUCAAAAGUCAAUUUGUUACAAAAAUUAUCUUAAAUAUUACAAUAGAAAAGUGCAAAAUUAAGUUAAGAGUUGUGAAUUGGAAUACUAGAAGAUGGAUGAUCAAAAUAACAUUGGAAUAGUGUAAUCAAGAGUUUGCUAGUCUAUAAAGUCCUAGAUAGAUACAAGCACCAUGGGUGAUAAAGGUAAAGGUAAAGACGGUAAAGGUGGUAAAAAGGAAAAAGAAGAUGGUACUGCGGCAUUCAUUAAGGACUUCGUCGCUGGUGGGAUAUCAGCAGCAGUAUCAAAGACUGCCAUGGCGCCGAUUGAGCGAGUAAAGCUUCUGUUGCAAGUGCAGCACAUCUCCAAGCAGAUUGCGGAGAAGGAUCGUUACAAAGGUAUAAUGGACGCUAUGGUCCGUAUCCCUAAAGAGCAGGGCCUCGCCGCCUUUUGGCGUGGGAACCUCGCCAACGUCAUCCGGUACUUCCCGACGCAGGCGCUCAACUUCGCCUUUAAGGAUAAGUACAAGAACCUGUUCUUGGCCGGUGUAGACAAGAACAAGAAUUUCUGGAAACAUUUCGCCGGGAACUUAGCAUCGGGAGGCGCCGCCGGCGCGACUUCUCUGUGCUUCGUCUACCCUCUGGAUUACGCUAGAACUAGGCUAGGAGCGGAUAUUGGCAAAGGCAAGGAUAAGGAGUUCAACGGCCUCGUGGACUGCCUGAUGAAGACCAUGAAAUCAGAUGGGCCGCUCGGCCUGUACAGAGGAUUCAUUGUCUCCGUGCAGGGCAUCGUUAUAUACAGAGCCGCAUAUUUCGGAUUUUAUGACACGGCACGCGGCCUCCUGCCCGAUCCUAAGAAUACACCGCUCCUUCUAUCCUGGUUUAUUGCACAGACUGUAACAACAGUAGCCGGUAUCCUCUCGUACCCACUGGACACGGUGCGUAGACGCAUGAUGAUGCAGUCCGGUCGGCCGGCGCACGAGCGCGUAUACAAGAGCACUGCCCACUGUUGGGCCGUAAUACUCAAGACCGAGGGUCCCAAGGCCUUCUUCAAAGGCGCGUUCUCCAAUGUCCUUAGAGGCACGGGAGGCGCGUUGGUGUUGAUCCUUUAUGACGAAAUUAAGAAACUCCUCUAAACUCUGCGCUCCUAGUCAGGGCAAUUUUAUUGUGCCAGAUUUUUUUCCCGAACUUGAUAUUAAUAACGUAUAUACGUCAUUUUUUGAAGUUUGUUUUUAACUGCAUGCUUUCUAUAACAAUUUUCAAUUUAAAACACAAUUCUCAUAAUUUAUGAAUAGCAAAUUACCUAGAAAUCUUACUAGAAAUAAUGUUUGGUACAAAAAAAUUUAAAACCCUGAAACAGUUGUCUUUAUGUCCUUGCUGAAAUGUUAUGUUGGAGGAGCAAAUCUUCCGAGCAUACAUGAGAAUAUAUUUGACAAAUACAUGUCAAAAUAUUUUCCACCUCAUUACGAUUUGAGGUGGCGAUUAGGCGUCUCUCUAGAGGUCGGCCGGUCGCCAACUAAACAUUGCUCAUAAAUUUUGCUCCAUUUGAGGUAUCUACGGUCAACCAGUUUGAAAUAAAGGCCUUUCUCUUGUUAUGAUGAUGACCUAUAUAUAUAUAUAUGUACUUAUAUAAGUAAAUGGUACUUGAACAACAAAUUGUGUUGCCAUGAAUUCAAAUUGAUCGGCUGAAGGUAUGUGGAAUUUUGUUUGUCAUAUAAUGUCAUUACUCAUUAAGGACAUAUAACUUCUAUCACUAGAACUUUUGAACUAUGUUACUGUUUAAUGUUAAUAUAUUAGCGCGACGCGAUGGGGGAGUUGAUAGGUAAGUUGAAACGGAAAGAUUAAAAAAAAUAUGUAAAACUAAAACCUACAAAAAUACCCAUUGACGAUCAUGUGGUGUAAAUAGUUUGCCUUGUGGCGUUGGGUGAUUUAGAGAUAUCUCUUUUAACAGGUGAUGUUUGACUGGCGUCUGAUAAUGCAUUAUAAUGUCCAUGUAUUUUUAAUAUGAAAGAAGAAAUAAAUUACAUUUAUUCUCAUUUUUAUAAA